AAUUGUUCACAGUGUGUCAUCGUGAUUUUGCCGGUAUGUACGGUGCGGAUGCAUUAUAACGACCUGCUCUAGUCAUCGGCGGCAUUAUGACUGCCUGAUCGUGAUGAUGAUGAUCAGCCACGACCGGAUAUGUGCUGCAUCGGUCGCUUAACCAGCCGCAUCGUCUUUCUUCUCAGUCAGUGAUCUCGGUUGAUGUUGUGGUACCUACCAAAAGAUUAUUAUAAUAGCCAAGCUACUAGCAUGUACAGUUUCACCGUGUUGUUGAUGUGCGGGACGGCGGCGGUGGCGGCGCCCGGCAUGGGCAUGCCCGGGUUCGGGUUCGGCGCGGGGAUGGAUCCGGGGAUGCCGCGCGGAUUCGGGGAUCCGGCUAAUCCGUUUGCCCGGUCCGGGGGAAUGGAUGCGGGCGGGAUGGGUGGGAAUCCGAUGUUCGGCAUGGGCGCUCAAGGUCCCGCAAAUUAUGGAGGCAUGCCGCGCAGUGACGGCUUCAGUGGAGCCGGCAUGAUGCAGCCGUCGGCUCGCUAUAAUAGCGGCGGCUACAUGGGCGGCGACCAGUUCCCAGGAGGAAUGGGCGGUAUGGGCGGCAUGGGUGGAAUGGGUGGUAUGGGCGGAAUGGGAGGAAUGGGCGGGAUGGGAGGAAUGGGCGGCAUGGAAGGGAUGGGCGGGAUGGAUAUGGGCGGCAUGGGGGGUAUGGGUGGCAUGGAUGGGGGCGCCGACGGCAUGGACGAUAUGUACAAGAUGCAGGCCGAGAUGGAACAGCUGCAGCGCCAGCUCAUGCAGGGCCCACCACCCAGCUUCCUCAAGGACAAAGAAAAAGCCAACAACACCGCCAACGCGGUGAAGAUCGGCGAUAACAUCCUUGUCACGAACCAGACCCGCUUCACGGACAACAACGAUGGUUUAACACAGGGAUUCUUUCAGGAGUUUCAUAUCUUUCCCGGGCAGGAGACAACCACCGCCAACUCUGCCGCAGGGAAUUCGGUGGGCGGAGAGGCCCGAGCCAAUACCCAGUUAUCCCGUGAUGCUGCUGCCGCCGCGGCUGCUGCCGAUGCCAGUAAACGAGCCAUCAGCGUCGUCCCUCCCGAGGCGGCCUUCGGAUUUGCCCCAUCGGAUAACAUCUUUAAUCCGCGAAAACUAGGCGACGUGCCGGCCGUGAAAUUGCCGGAGCGCAACCUGGUGAUGCGACCGCCCAGCAGCUACAAAGACGACAACAUGGUCAAGGAGAAGUAUCCUAAGAAGGCCUUCUCCCCGGAGAAAUUCGACCGGCUGGGGGAGAAUUUCCAGCGCACCUUCGAUGCCUUGUAAAGAAGCGUAUUGACCGGAUAUCGCGGCGGUGUCUGCCGGCGGAAACUGAUCGCGAUGCCGGUGCGCUCUUCACUGGGGCGGUGAUCGCGUGCGCGUGUUCGACGGCAGUCUGGCACUGCAUAUCGUGUAAAUACAGUAAUGUGUUCUUAAUUGAGCAAUAAAUAACUGCUGACAUAGUUUAACUGCGCCAUUAUUAAUGGUUUAAUUUGCUGUAUCGAUGAAAUGAACGACUCGAAGUGAUGCCCUAAUACAAAGUAUCUCGAAUUUCGAAAUAAAGUUU